AUUUCUAGCUCAAAAAUUUUCUAGCUUAGCUUCAGGCUUCAAGAAUCAAGCUUUUCAGCUUUCAGAGGAGAGGAGAGUGUAGGGGGGCUUCGAACUUUUGAAAGGGUCUCCGAAAUUAGGGUUCUGCUGAGGAACAAAUCGGAACUGAAAAUGGGGAGUCAUGGAGAGAGCGUGGCGUGCGAUUUCUGCAGUGAGCAGCUUGCGGUUCUUUACUGUAGGGCCGACUCCGCCAAGCUCUGCUUGUUCUGCGACCAGCACGUGCACUCGGCGAACCUGCUGUCCCGGAAGCACCUGCGCUCCCAGAUCUGCGAUAACUGCUGCUCGGAGCCGGUCUCUGUCCGGUGCGACACCGACAAUCUGGUGCUGUGCCAGGAGUGCGAUUGGGAUGCCCACGGUAGCUGUUCGGUGUCGGCCUCUCACGAUCGAAACCCGGUCGAAGGGUUCUCGGGGUGCCCCUCCGCCCUCGAGCUCGCUUCCCUCUGGGGCAUCGAACUCGACGAGAAGAAGAUGAAUCCGUCGGCGACGUCGAUUAAGAACCGGACGAUUAGUGCUUUGGACGACUCGUCGUCGUGGGUGUUCGAUAAAUCAACCGCUGGAGUGGUGUGUUUUCAGGACUUAAUUGUACCCAGCGAGAACGCCAUUGUCGGCGUGAAUGGCUGUGGGAUCUUGACGAUGUCGAAGAAACAGGGUGGUCCGAGCUGUGGGAAGCGGAGGCAGGUGAUGUAUAAGCAGCUGGUGGAGAUUUUCAAGAGGGAUUUGGCGGCGGAAUCGCCGAGGGGGAGUGGCGGUUGGCAGGGAAUGAAUGUGGAGGGACUAGCAGAUUUGGGAAAUGGCAGGGAUGGGGUUGAUGGGUUUGUGGGUGAGAGUCGUGUUGCUCUACAGCAGCAGCAGCAGCAGCAACAAAAACAACAUCAACUACCACAAGCGCCCCUUACGGCUUUGCUUACGAUGGAUUUGAAGGAGAACAACCGUACUGUUGAUGGGGAUAUGUUGUGGGACACUCAUCCCAGUGGUCAUAGCAUGCAGAUAUGGGAUUUUAAACUUGGACGAUUGAGGGAACAUGAAGAAACGGGUACAAUGGAAGUUGCAUAUGAUGCAAAUGAUGCAGGAUUUAUGAUAAAAAAAUUUGGGGAACUAAUGGAGGGAACAUCUAUGAAUAAUACAAAAUUGUUGGGAGAUAUGUACCGGAUGAAUUGCCGUGUUGGACGUGAUGAUUUGGCGUUUAACACCUUAGGUUUGGGACCCAGAACUGAAUUACAGAUGAGUUUUGUUGGGAACUUGUAUGUGAGUGAUGCCAAAUCAUUUUUUGUUUUGCCCCUUCAACUUUGGGGGAGAUUGUUGUCCAGUCCCACUUUUCAAUCAUUUCCAUGUUUUGAUGUGAAGAAAUUUUGUUAUUCUUUUACUUCUUCCACUGCAAUGCUACAUGCCAUCCUAGUAGAGUUGAGAGGAUUGACAAAAUCUUACUUGGAUAUACAGAAUAACCCAUCAGCCAGCCAGGGGCCAGCAACAUCUGAGAGCAACAAUAGACAUAUGGGAAGACUGUCGUCAGGUCCAGCAUUUGGUAAAGCAGGAGGUUCUGGAGGCUCUAAAGAUGUCCCACAUCUGGAACAAUCGUUUUUUAUGAGAAGUGACAGCGUGGGAACAGCAGCAACAACCAAGGCCGACAUGGAGCAACUGGCACAGAAUAGAGGCAAUGCCAUGCAACGUUACAAGGAGAAGAAGAAAACUCGAAGAUAUGAUAAGCACAUAAGGUACGAGUCAAGGAAAGCAAGAGCUGAUACUAGGAAGCGAGUCAAGGGUCGAUUUGUGAAGGCUAGUGAAACAACCGAUGGUUAAAUUCAUGCUAAGAUGAGCUUCUCCUUUCGUACUGUCUGUAAAUAUCUCACAUUCUUCCCGUAGUAAAUGUAUAAUUCUGCAGUCUGUCUGGUUAUCUGCAUUAACAAUUAUUUGAUUUC